AUGAAGAAUUUGUUCAACAAUGAAGAAUGGUUAUCUAGAUUAGCCUACUUGGCUGAUAUUUUUAAUAAGAUCAACACUUUAAAUAUGAGCAUAAAUAUGACAAUAUUCAUCAUUUAUGAUAAAUUAAAUUCUUUCAAAAGAAAAUUGGAUCUAUAUCCAUUGCAAUUAAAAGAAAAAUACAUUUUUGCAAUUCCUAAUCUUUCUUCGUGUAUUGAUAAAAAUGAACUCUCUCUGAAGGAAGAUUUAAAUGCUGACAUCUUGGAACAUUUGGAAACAAAGAAGUUCCAGAAGACGUGGAAGGACAAAGGAUCGUUCAUUGAUAUGCAAGCAUUACAAUGUUUAACUCCAUUUGUCACUACUUAUUUGUGUGAGAGUGGAUUUUCUGAAUUUCUGUACUUGAAAAAUAAGUACAAAAGUAGGCUCGAUAUUCAAAGUGACUUAAGAGUGAACAUUAGUUCCAUUCAGCCUGAUAUUGAUGUCCUUGUACAAAAUAAACCACAACAAAUAUCACAUUAA